AUCGGGCUCAGAUGCCUUUACCUGAGCACUAGUGUGGACCGAGAACUAAUUCAACAGAUACUGACAGAUUCAACAUCCACAAUGUUUUGGGGUGUCUCUGAUUUUUUCCAGCUACUCUCCUCAUCACAUUCGCGGGGGUUUUCUGGACUCCGUGCGUUUUACUGAUAGAAUUUCAGAUCCAAAAUGGAGUCGUUUAACCAAUCCAGGGGGGCGGGGCUCAUCCAAGGGGAUUAUAACUCCUCCUCCGGUGGACUGGUAUUUCCAGAAACUUCCUUUGGGAAUUACACCGCCAAUGUGUCUGAUCAAAGCAUGCCUUUCCAAGGCAGCAGCACAAUGGUCACCGCAGUCAUAUCUUUCACAGUGUUCAUCGUCGGACUCACUGGCAACACUCUGGCCAUCUACGUUGUUCUGCGCUACGCUAAGAUGAAAACGGUCACAAACAUUUACAUUUUGAACCUAGCCGUGGCUGACGAGUUGUACAUUUUGGGUUUGCCGUUCCUCACGACACAAAACGUACUUUCGUACUGGCCGUUCGGCUCAUUCCUUUGUCGUGUUGUGAUGACGGCAGACUCACUUAAUCAAUUCACAAGCAUCUUUUGCUUGACAGUGAUGAGCAUCGAUCGCUAUUUAGCAGUGGUGCAUCCAAUCCGUUCCACUAGAUGGCGCCGGCCACGAGUAGCUAAAGCUGUUAGUGCAGCGGUGUGGGCGUUUUCCUUUAUCGUUGUUUUACCGGUGGUGAUAUUCUCCGACGUCCAGGACACUUUUAACUCAUGUAACAUGAGCUGGCCGGAGCCACGAGACAUCUGGUCGACAGCGUUCAUACUUUACACAGCGACGCUUGGAUUUUUCGGCCCCCUGCUGGUCAUCUGCAUGUGUUACCUUCUUAUUGUAGUUAAAGUGAAGUCGUCUGGUGCACGCGCAGGAUUUACGAAGCGCAGGCGCUCAGAGAGGAAGGUGACCCGCAUGGUGGUGGUGAUCGUGGUGGUUUUUGUCCUCUGCUGGCUGCCGUUCUACAUCAUCAACAUCGUAAACCUGGUGAUCAUUCUGCCGGAGAACAGCUGGAUGGCGGGCGUGUAUUUUUUCGCCGUCAUCCUAUCGUACGCCAACAGCUGCGCCAAUCCGGUUCUCUACGGGUUUCUGUCCGACAACUUCAAGCAGAGUUUCCGGAAGGUGCUGUGUGUGCGCAAGGCCAAUGGCGUGGAGGACGGCGAUCCCAGCCUGCCGCGCACCGAGAAAACCACCACCAACGACUCGUUCCUCACACCUCGAAACAAUGACUUUAACGGACACGUGCAGGGCAGCCAGGUGUGGCCUGAGCCUCAAGCCACGCCCCUGAAUGUGCCAGUGACUCCGCCCACCCGCGCAGCAGAGCUCAGUCUUCACCCCGUGCCCAACGUGGCCACGCCCAGCUCCAGCCGUGACCUCUGACCAUGUCCCAACAAUGCCAGGAUACUUGUUAGAGGUGGAGGAAACACCAGGGUCCACUCGGUCACGGAAAAUCUGGAAGUAUCAGGAGAUUUUUCAGGCCUGCAAAAAUCAUGGACACUUCUAUUUUGAAUGAAUUAGCUCUAAAGUGAUUUAUUUUACAUUUUAUUUUACUUCAUAAUUGAGGAAUUAUUAGCUGUGAUUAAAACAAAAAUCUAGUCUGAGAUCACUAUUGAAAAUCUGUUUAUUUUUAGAGUUUAAUACGACAUCUUUUUUUCAUUUUAUAUAAAAAUAAAACAAAAAUGUAAUGAUGUUACGUACAAUCAGGCCUUGAC